GGAAGAAAUCCAUGUGGGGGCCACAUUGUGACUCCGAAAGGGUUAAGCUGCCUGUGCCAAGACAUAAAGCAAGUUCAACGUGUUGUGGGAAUAUCAGUUGCCAGUAAACUCCAGUCACCACAAUUUCUGAUUUAACAGCUUAACUUGCUGUUAACUUUCCCUGAUACGCUCCAGGUUUUUGACGUGGAGGCAGAAAGGAGAGAGGAACAAUAAAGAAAGAAGUUAAGUGAGGCUACUAAAAUGGACUUAAAUCCCUUCCCUGGGUCCUGCCAGCUGUCUAUAGAAGAGUUAAGCAAGAUUGCAUUUCCUUUUUUUCAUGCCAUAAAUCAAACGUUUCUGGGCCGCCUACCAAAAUUUGUGCAAUACUCCCCAGUGGGGUGAGUAAAUGGUACUGAAUACCCCAUUCACCUUUCGGAGCCUGGUUUUUCCGCAGCUCUGGCAGUGCUGGCUAUGGGGCGCAGGCAUGGAAAGGUGACCCCUGGCACGGGGCUGCUGAUGGGGACAAGUCGUGAAGACAAAAAAGCAAGGGCUAAAAAUAGAGGCGGCAUUGCCAACCUCAGCCAUAUAAGUGUCAUACGAGCCAGGUGCCAAGAAUGGUGAGUUGUGUGGGUUUUUUUUAUUUUUUCAACCCCAGUGAUGAGAGCUGAGCACCCUUCAGCUUGGGUGAGUUUUAUUUGCCUCAGCGGUCAAAAGUUUUGCCUCCUUCGAGCUGGGUUUAUACCCUUUCUUUUUUAGAAAGAAGCUAUUCCAGGCUGGAGCCUCCAGGAUAAGGAUUUGGGAAACACCAGGUGCAACGUGGUUGAGGCAGCAAGAGGGAUGUGGGAUGCUCCAGAACGAGGCACAGCACACAGGCUCCUCUCCCUUGGGUACCAUGGGCAGCUCCUCCACCCCAGCUGCUUUCUGGCUGCCAAGGCACCUUUCUCUCUGUGCUGGCCUUUGCUUUUUGGCUCUUGAGUGCAUCACCAUGCCCACGGGCAGAGCUGGGGGCCCUGGUGUGACGUGGUGAUAGUAGGUGUGCCCCCACUUCCUGCCCUCAGAGAGCUGUGCCCCAAUCCAGGUCAGUGCCCUGCUCCCUGAGGGACGUCUGCACACUGCAUCACAUCCCCUCUCCACUCUCAGCAGCAACAUGCUCCAUCUCAUAUCUGUAGGCAAAACCUUAUGGCCUCGUGCACACAUUUCAGUAUGCAAGGGAUGCCAUGUCUCCAGCUGCAUGCUGGGAUAGAGAUGCUGUGACUGCAGGCAUUGCUUCUUGCACAAGCAUUGGGCAUCUUCUACAGUAGAAAGAUGUCCAAUCUGUCCGCUUUUUUGGAAGGGCAGUGGAGGAUGUGAUGCAAAAAGUUGCUUUUUCCCCCUCCCUGCAGGCACCGUUGGGUUUGAACUGAAAAGUUUUUUGCCAUUUUAGAUGCUCCACAAAGAGCAAGAUCUUUUAUUUUUUAUUUUUGCUGUCCAAAUCCAAAUUUUGCAGACUGGGCCAUCUGUCAGUUCCCUCCUACGUUGUUCCGUUCAUAUUAAAUUGUAAUGAAGGCCAGACUGAAGAAGGAAUUAGGUCAGACAGGAGGUUCAGUAUCCAUUUUUUGGGAGAUGUUGCCCAAGAGGGAGGCACCAUGGUUAGGUUGGCUCAGCACAAGCCUGAAUGUGACAAACGCCUGAGCCUUCCUCUGAGAUUUGGCAACUGGGCCUUUUGAGCAUGCUGUGGCCUCUUGGCUUCUGACUCCCCAGCAGCUAGACCACAAUCAUCUCUCCAGCUGAUCGUGCAGCAAAUCCUCAGCAAAUCCUUCUGGCCGCCUCAGGCCAGAGGGCAGCUCUGCUGCAGACCUGCUUCAGGCUCACUCUCAUCACACUGGUGCUGCUCCAAGGGGACCCUCUCCAUAGCUGUGCCACUACCAGUGUGACCUGUCUGUCGCAGGGCUGCAGAGAGAUGCUCAGGUUUCCCCAAACACAAAGAGCACUGUGCAGCGUGGGCGCAUCACUGCAUGCCCAUGGCAGUCUCCUGGUCCCAUAUUUGCCACUGUGGACAAAGGGAGAAGCAGGAGCCUCCUUGUUUGCUAUCCUGGUUGAAACUGUAUGCGGCAAUGCACAACCUCCCUCUGUGUACUUACUGAGGGAUGGCAGUCAAUACAACUGAUUCAACUGCAUUUUGCAAUAAUGAAACUUGGAUGGAUGUAGCAUCUCUUCUAGUGUUGUGGGGACCAACACCAACAUCACAUCAUCUCUGUUACCCAUUGCACGAGAGAGCCUUUGCAGUAAAUAUGAAGGCUCAAAUGGCUUUGACUCCUGAUGCUGGACAGAGCUUAAGCCUCAGCCAUGGAAAAUGUAUGCACAUGCAAGGCUCAGAGGGCUUCAUACUCCUGCCCCAAGGGGGCUGUGGAGGCACAGCACUGAGUACCCAAGAGUUGAAUUGAGAAGGAAGGGCUUAUGCCAGGUCUCCUUCAGUGUGGUGUCAGCAGUGGGACCAUUGCUAUCCUCAUGGCUUCUUCCCACAUAGAUAGCAAGAGGGAGACUUCUUGGUUGGUAUUUAAGGCUUGGGCAACCAGUAACAGCUGGAGGCAGGCAAGGCUUGCACCUGCAGCACAAGUUUUGCAGUAGUUGUUGUUUUGCAAAGGAGCAGAACAUAUCAGGUCUCCCUGGCAUCAGAUAUCACCCUGCUGACAAAAGACUGAGCUUGGGAGUGUUGAGGCCAAAGCAGUCCUGUUGCAGAUGAUGCGCCCCAAUGGAUCCUCACCAUAGCAGGGGCAUUGAUGGAGUAGGGAAGGAGAUGAGGUGCUGGAGGCACAUGCUCACUGUGACUUGCUGGGGCGCAGAAAGCAGUUUAGGCAUCCUGAUAUCCCACUUGGGCAUCGCGUGCAAGUGAAAAUCAAGGGGGAAAAAAAAGAGAAAGAAAAAAAGAACAAAAACAGCAUGGGAUAAUCACAGGCUUUUUGGGAGGGGAUUGCGUUGCUGAUGCUGCCACUAAAGCAGCGCAGGUGGUGCUGUGAUGACCAACUCCACUAUUUUGGAGAGCUUAUGGCUUGGGACCAUGGCUUCUUUCUGACACUACUGGAGCUCUGUGCACAUAAUGGUUGGUGGCAAGGGUGGCUUUAUUGCUGGUGGGGCCACAGCAGGGCCCUGGGAGAGGUGGGCUAAUUUCCUGGCUGUGCUGCAGACUUCCCCUGUGACCUUGGGUGAGUCAUUUAAUCUAUCCCGGGCUUCAGCUCCAUCUCUGAGCAUCCCGUGGGGGUGAGGUAAUAUUCAUUAACUGAUAUUAUUCUCAAGUUGCUCCGAUGCUAUGGUGAUGAAAAUGGGAGGUGAAACCCAGUGCCUUGGCUGAGCAUCAGCAGCGAGAGGGGAUGCUCUGCUUGAGUUUUAGCAGCCAGUAUGGGCGAAUGCAGUUUUGACACAAUUCCCCUCUUAAUUUUUUGCUGUCCUCUUGGCCACCAUGGUUAUUUGGCUGCAUUAGUGCAGUGAUGCUCAUCACUGAGGGACGGAAUGUGGAUAUUGCAUCAUGCAGUGCUGUGGUGGCAUCGUCAUGCUGAUACCCCCAUGAACCACUCUGCUUCUAUGGUGUGUCUUUCUGGUUCUAGUCCUCACCAGCAAACAUAGCUUGUGCAAUCAGCCCCUUGAUUGCCUGAGCAGUGUCUUCUGGGUGCACAGGGAGAAGGCUACUAUUCUCCCAGUAAAAGCCAGCUUUCUCCAAAAAACAGGCAGAAAAUUCAUUCAUUUUGGCUUUGGGGAAGCACACGCUCAGGUAGGACAUGCCAGUCUUCCAUCUAACACCCUGCUUCUUUCCCCAGGUGCAGAGGAUGUGUGCAGCCAGGCAGAUGCUGCUGCUACUGCUGGCCUUCCUGGCCUAUGCAUUGGAUUCAGCUGCGGCGUAUGGCACGGCAGAGACCCUCUGUGGUGGGGAGCUGGUGGACACGCUGCAGUUCGUCUGCGGGGACAGGGGCUUCUACUUCAGUAGACCAGUGGGACGAAAUAACAGGAGGAUCAACCGUGGUAUCGUGGAGGAGUGCUGCUUUCGGAGCUGCGACCUGGCUCUGCUGGAAACCUACUGUGCCAAGUCCGUCAAGUCAGAGCGUGACCUCUCCGCCACCUCCCUUGCGGGCCUCCCAGCCCUCAACAAGGAGAGCUUCCAGAAGCCAUCUCACGCCAAGUACUCCAAGUACAACGUGUGGCAGAAGAAGAGCUCGCAGCGGCUGCAGCGGGAGGUGCCUGGCAUCCUGCGUGCCCGCCGGUACCGGUGGCAGGCAGAGGGGCUGCAAGCAGCUGAGGAAGCCAGGGCGAUGCAUCGUCCCCUCAUCUCCUUGCCCAGCCAGCGGCCUCCGGCACCGCGGGCAUCCCCUGAAGCGACCGGCCCCCAGGAAUGAACUGUGACCGGCCGGCUGGAUUUGCGAUCUCCCGGGGAGAGACUGGCGAGACUCGGCCCCCCCUGAGCCCCUCCGUCCCCAAGCCGAGGAGCGGGGCGGCAGGAACCAUCACGCCGCUCCGGCCCCAACCAAACAACUGACACAAGCAAGGAGGGGAUGGCAGCGGCCGUGUGCAGCGUCCUCCUUUUGGGGUGGGGGGGAGGGUUGUUUCGUUUCCCAGGCCUGUUUCGUUUCCCUCGCGCACCCAGUAUUUUUCAAGCCUUGUACUUACGAAGGGACAGUUGGGCACUUGAACUUUUUGCUGCCGGGCGCUGUGUGACAUCCCCAGUGCCAACACUAGAAGACAAAAGAACGAGCAAGAGGGAAAAAGGAUAUGAAGUUAACUUUUCUUUUAAAUUUUAUUUUAUUUUUCUCAAGAAGAAAAGUCCAUUCCAUGUCUUUCUUGACAAUAAAGUGAAAAGCAAAAACAAAUGGGGAGAGAUGUUGAGGGAUGUAACUUUUUUGCCUCAUUCCCAUCCAAUUUUUUUUUUUUUCUUUCUUUUUUUGUUGGUAACUUUUCUUAUUUUUAUAACUUUUUUUUGCACCUUUAAAAAGAAAAUGUAACUGAGACGAAGUUCCGAGGAGUCCCAUCUGCAUUUUUUGUGUGUGUGCUUAAUUACAAGAUUCCAAAUCGACUUGCACCUUUUUGAAACCAUCGCUGACGGGAGAAAGAGAGGAAGAGGAGAGAGAGAAAGAGAGAGAAGAAAAAGGAAAGGGGAAAAAAAAAAAAAAAGUGAGCUGAUGCUCACUUUAAAUGGAGGAGGCGUCUGCAUUGCACAUUUGCCACGGAUUUAGUUGAUUUAUAUAUAUAAUAUAUUAUAUAACUUUUUUGGCAAAAAAGCACUAUUUUUAUGGGACAUUUUGUGUAGUAUCUGAAGAGGGAUUGUAAUGUUUAAAAUGUGUUAUGGUGCUAAAGUAAGUUGGAAGGGAAAAAACCCAGAAAUAGCAAGGGAGGGUGGGGAGGGAAGAACAAGAUAGCGAAUACUGAACUUGAAAUUUUAGCUUUUCGUUUUAGGAAAAGUGUGAUAAAUGUGUUUCUUUUCUCUUCUGAAAUAUAGCUUGGUCAUGACCAUAUGAGCUAGUUGGCUGUCACUCAUGUACACAGAUGCACGCACACACAGAAAUACAUCUACACGCGUUCUUUUUUUUUUUCUUUUUUUUUUUUUUUAA